GCAUUGUAAAGAAGCCCCUCUGUACGAGAACUAGGACACUUUGCUGUGCAACCAAAACGAUCAUCUCCAUCGUUCCCGAGUUUGAGUUUCUACCAAAGCGCCAGUCAACGCCCUCCGCCGCCGCCGGGAUGGGCGCCAAGGACAAGGCGCAGGCCCCGCCCCCCGCCGCCGUGCCGGACCAGGCGUACCUGGAGGCGGUGACGGGGAAGCGUGACCGCCUGUUCGAGCAGAUACUGGACAGGCAGGCCCGCCGGCACGCCGAAAACGGCGGCAGUCCCAUCAAGAUUACUUUGCAUGAUGGCACGGUCCAGGAGGGGAAGAAGUGGAUGUCGACCCCGAUGGACAUCGCCAAGGAGAUAUCAAGCGGGCUAGCAGCUCGCUGUUUGAUAGCUCAAGUGAACGGAGGACUGUGGGACAUGACAAGGCCGCUGGAAGACGACUGCCAACUGAACUUGCUAACCUUCGAUAGCAAAGAAGGGCGGGACACUCUAUGGCACUCGAGUGCCCACAUUCUUGGAGAGGCUCUCGAGCGUGUGUACGGCUGCAAACUGUGCAUCGGGCCUUGUACUACGAGAGGGGAAGGUUUCUACUAUGACGCCUACUACGACAACAAUGUCACGCUGAAUGGCUCGCAUUUCGGUCACAUUGAAGACCGGGCUCGAAGAGCGGUCGCCGAAAAGCAGCCAUUCCAACGUAUUGAGGUCUCCAGGGAUGAAGCCCUCGAGUUUUUCGCUGAGAAUAAAUUUAAGGUUGAAAUCAUCAAUGAAUUGCCUGAGCACAAGCCCAUUACGUUAUAUAAAUGUGGCCCUUUGGUUGACCUAUGCCGUGGACCGCACAUCCCGAAUACUUCUUUCGUUAAAGCUUUUGCUUGCCUCAAGGCUUCGUCCUCAUAUUGGAGGGGAAAAGCAGACCGUGAGAGCCUGCAGAGAGUAUAUGGGAUUUCUUUCCCUGAUGCUAAACUUCUCAAGGAAUAUCAACGUAUGAUGGAGGAGGCUGCGAGGCGUGAUCACAGGUUAUUGGGGGAGUCCCAGAAACUCUUCUUUUUCGAUUCGCUUAGCCCAGGAAGUUGCUUCUUCCUUCCACAUGGUACAAAAAUAGUUAACAAAUUGAAGGCUUUUUUGCGACAACAAUACAGGGACAGAGGCUACCAAGAGGUUGAGAGUCCAAAUGUUCUCAAGAUGAAGCUUUGGGAAACAUCUGGGCAUAGUGCGAACUACAAGGAGAACAUGUUUCUUUUUGAGAUCGAUGGAGAGGAGUUUGGUCUUAAGCCAAUGAAUUGCCCUGGGCAUUGCAUAAUAUUUAAGCACGAGACUCGUUCUUACAAAGAGUUGCCACUGCGCAUUGCUGAUUUUGGAGUUCUUCACAGAAAUGAGGCUAGUGGAGCACUUUCAGGCUUGACACGCGUUAGAAGAUUCCAACAGGAUGAUGCCCAUAUUUUUUGCAGAGAGAGCCAAAUCAAAGAGGAAGUUAAGAGUGUCUUGGAAUUCAUUAAUUAUGUCUACGGCAUAUUUGGAUUUAACUACGAGUUGGAGUUAUCAACGAGACCAGAGAAGUAUUUAGGUGAUAUUGAAACCUGGAACAAAGCAGAACAACAACUGGCAGAAGCCUUGGAUGAGUUUGGGAAGCCAUGGGAGAUUAAUGAAGGAGAUGGUGCUUUCUAUGGCCCAAAAAUUGAUAUCGGUGUGUUUGAUGCCCUCAAAAGAAAAUUUCAGUGUGCAACACUUCAGCUGGAUUUUGCGCUGCCUGUUCGCUUCAAGCUGACUUAUGCAGCAGAGGAGGAAGCCAAGCUUGAGAGGCCUGUAAUCAUACAUAGGGCAAUACUAGGAUCGGUUGAAAGGAUGUUUGCCAUUCUUUUGGAGCAUUACUGUGGUAAAUGGCCGUUAUGGCUCAGCCCUCGUCAAGCCAUUGUUUGCUCUAUAUCGUCCGAUUCACUAGAAUAUGCAAAACAGGUUCAUGCUAAGAUACAUAACGCUGGAUUUGAUGUUGAAAUCGACAUGACUGAUAAGAAAAUCCAGAAGAAGGUAUGCGUGGCACAGUUAGCCCAGUUCAACUAUAUUCUUGCCGUGGGCCCAACAGAGGUGGAAUCUGAAAUGGUCAGCGUCAGGUUGAGAGAUAAGCCAGAAUUCUUCCCGAUGAGCGUCGAUGAUCUCAUCUCUCUGUUUAGGGACGAAGUAGCGGCCUACAGAUAGGGCUGUCAGUCAGACAAGCUCAAAGCUCGCGAGCCUUUGAACUAUGAGGACCUUUUAAUUAUGAUGAAGUUUUAGAUCCUUGUUGUAUUGUAGUGUGUCUUGAACGUCUGAGCCUUGACGUACUACAUGACUUGAGGAUCAUUUCUGUGGUGUGCUCCCCUAUGUCUAUGUGUGCAGUGUGUGAUGUUUGGUGCCAGUUCUGUCAAAAAAAUUAAAAAUGUUUGGUGCCAGUGUCACCUAUAGGUUCAGGUUCAGUCAAGAUGAGCUGCGGUGUUUCUACAUCGUUUGCUCAACGAGAUGAGCAUGGGCCGGGCAAUGUUUACUGUGUUGGCCUAUGCACAGAUGAUUCGAGUAUGA